AUGUGGUCGACAAGGUACGAACGGGCGCGGGCUACGUCGCCAACGCUUCCAGAGGUGCGGCUGACAGCGGCUGAGGAGGACUUCGAUAGCUACGCUCGGACCCUCUCCGCCAACUCGCACAAUUCUCCGCUCUUAUCCUCCGCCGUCCCCUACAGCCCGUCAACGAUGAACUUCCCCGAGGGACGCAUCCCCACGCUACGUGACUCCUCAUCAUUCAUCUCCAACGACGAUAGCGCCCACUCCCUUAGCAUCAACUACGUCCCUUCCAGGUUCUCCUCUGCUGUGCUCUCAGGUGGCCCUAAGCGUAGGAAGAACUGGAAAGUUGGUGUUGAGGAUGUGCACCUCCCCAAGCUCGGUGGCGGGCGCGAGGCUUUCCGCAGCAAUGAGCCCCGCAUGGCCGCCGAGGGCGAAGAUGACGACGAUGUUGUACCUCUCCCCGGCGGUCGCACACGUCCACGCAUGCGCUGGAACAGGUUCAAAUGGAUCCUUUUCAUCUCCAACACCAUCUUCACUGUGUACGCGUUCGCGGGGCUGAUCUCUUGCCUAUUCAUCUGGUUUAACGGCUGGGAUAAGACCGAUAUCAUCCGCGUGGGCAACACCACCGAGCUGAUCAUCUCCACUGUCGCUGCCGCCGUCGGCGUGUUUACCGCCGUUGUCGGCUGGUCUGGUAUAGUGCUCAAUAACCGCUCCUUCCUUGCAGUCUACUCCGUCCUCCUCUGGGUCGUCUUCGCCCUCCUCGUCACCCCGGGUUACAUCACCUACAAGCAGCGUACCUUCAAUCUCCAGGCCAAACUUAACGCCCAGUGGUCGCGCGACCUCGGAAUGGACGGCCGCCUCCGCAUCCAGAACCAGCUCGGUUGCUGCGGGUUCUUUUCCCCCUUCGUAGAGGCGACGGUCAGCCAGACGUGUUACGCCCGCUCCAUUCUCCCUGGCUGCAAGUCGCCGUAUCUAAAUUACGAGCGCACCAUCCUGAAGCGCUGGUACGAGGCUGUCUUCAUCCUUGUCCCCUUCCAGAUCCUGGUGAUGGUCGUCGCGCUCCUCUGCUCGAACCACAUCACGUACCGGUUUGGUAAGGGCAUGAUGCCCAAGGCGUAUCGCCUCGACAUGAACAGCAUGGCCGUCAUCAUGGAAAACUAUGCCAACCAAUUGGCAGAGCAAUACGGUGGCGACACGGCGUCCGAGUUGAUCAACCGCUCGGGUUCAAGCCUCAAGCUUGAUGUCCCGUCCUCCUCUACUUCCUCGUUCUACGGCGGCAAGUAA